GUGUUUUCUGCUAGCUUGCACCACCACCACAGAAAGCACUGAGCUAGGCUGAAACACCUGCAUGUUGGAGCUGCCUUACUCAAGAAAACAAAAAAGAAACCAUGUUUGUAUGCAGCUUAUUAACUCAAUUAUGUAUUUUUUUUACACUGUUUGCAAACUGAUAUGUGAAUACGUAUUAAUUUCAAAAUAACAUGCAAAACAGGCAAGCAUUUGCUAAAAAUGUGGGGCUCAAUCCCUGAAUAAUGGGUCGCCACUGGUGGUGUCCCAUCCUUUCAGGUUGUUGGUUUGAGGUAGGACUAAUAGAUUGAAAUAGUGGAGUAGGAUGGGGUUAUUUUUUUAUUUUAUUUUUAAAACAAGUUGUGAGUGUCGUGUUAGAUGGUAGGGUAUUUGUUUAUUUAUUUUUUCAAGCGAAGUAUAAGGGAGUUGUACUCCAGUCUAGUAGGUGGCGGUAAUGCAACAUUUAUUGGAUGCCAACCGCCGUUAAACCUCAUCAAAGAAGAAGUAAACCGACCCUUGUUGUGAACGCGCAGUUCUCUGUCACCCAGUCAGCUGACAUUCAGUGCCAGUUUGUUGCUUGUCAUUAGGCCCAUGUUUUUACGUCGUGUAUGAGCAACUGAAAAUCUAUUUAGUCAAAUCAAGUAGCUGAUUAUUAUUAGUCAGUUGUUUUCUAGCUACCUUUUAUUAGUAAGGAAAAAACAACUGAAGACCCAGCCAUGGCGCUCAGCGAUGCCGACGUACAGAAACAGAUCAAGCAUAUGAUGGCCUUCAUUGAACAGGAAGCCAAUGAGAAAGCAGAAGAAAUUGAUGCAAAGGCAGAAGAGGAGUUCAACAUUGAGAAGGGCCGUCUGGUGCAGACACAAAGGCUCAAGAUCAUGGAGUACUAUGAGAAAAAAGAAAAGCAGAUCGACCAGCAGAAGAAAAUUCAGAUGUCCAACCUGAUGAACCUGGCUCGACUGAAGGUGCUGAAAGCUCGUGAUGACAUGAUUUCGGAUCUGCUAACUGAGGCUCGUCAGAGGCUGGCUAACAUUGCCAAGGACCCGGCGAGGUACCCUGCCUUGUUGGAGGGGCUAGUUCUGCAGGGAUUCUACCAACUGCUGGAGCCCAAAGUGAUAAUUCGCUGCCGGCAGCAGGACAUUGCCAUGGUGCAGGCUGCUGUUCAGAAAAAUAUCCCCAUCUAUAAAGCUGCUGUGAAGAGCAAAAUUGAAGUCGGCAUUGACCAAGACCGGCACCUUUCACCAGACAUCUCUGGAGGUAUUGAGAUGUACAACGCUAAUGGGAAGAUCAAGGUAGCCAACACCCUGGAGAGCAGGCUAGACCUCAUGGCCCAGCAGAUGAUGCCUGAGGUCAGAACGGCUCUGUUCGGUGCCAACCCGAACCGUAAGUUUUUGGACUAAAAGAUGGUGAUGCUGUUGGAGACAAAGGUUAAGGGAUCAUUGGAAGUGUUACUGCGAACAAGUCUCUCAUUUGGGCUGGAUAUGUUGAAAGUUGAGCAGAGCCUAAGAACACCCUUUCUCUGAUCUUCCCAACUUUAAGCACUUAUCUAUAUGAUCUUCCAAAGUAAGAAACUGUUUUAUGAGACACGAUGUGAGGGAGAAUGUGUGUUGUCUGGUGUUAAGGGUAGGUGGCUUUCACAAGUGUUUUAUACUACCUCCUCAGUUUACCACUGCUCCCCUCCCAUCACUAAGGGUUGUCUGAUUGGCCCCUUACUUUCCCUUGAGGAAUAAUCAAGUUAUUUUUGUUUACUGUAAGGUGUCCAAACACCUAACAGGGUGGCUGCCGCUGUAUUCCUUUUGAUGUUUGUGUGUAUUUUGUGUGUUGAGUGUGAACAUAUUGGAAUGGAGAAUGAAUGUCUUUUGUUGUUACUUACCCAUGUGAUUAACAAUACAUAUACAACAAAGAAACAUGAAUAUUCACUGUUUGUACACAGAUUGUUCAUUCAAUUCAGAUGUUCUCCAAUGAAGAAUAAAAUGGUUAUUCCAACCCCAUCAUAAAAUGGAUAAAACAAAAUGCUUUCAUUGCCACCUAGUGGACUUAAUCCAAAGUGCGUUGGCAAGAACCUGGUACUUUUUUAAAUGGAUCUUAUCAUAGGCUAUACUAAGUUGUACAUCAAACUAACAUCUUCUGAAUUCCAAAAUGUGUAAGAUAAAUGCAAGAUGUUUAGGAUGAGACUCCAUCAGCAGAAAUAAGGCUUUAUUUGCAUAAUUUUUAUUGUUUGCAUGACAUGUAAUUCAAAGAUGCAUUAAAAAAGGUUAAGCUAACAGUUACA